AUGACGCCAUCAGAAGCAAUCCGCCACCAUCAGGAGCAGCUGUCUGCCAGACAUUUUGAAAUGCCACUUUUCCUCAUUUCAAAAGCCGGCGACUUUGCCUUUGUGGCCCCUCAUGUGUUCAUGACGGACAAUUCACGGCCCGAGAAGGAUGCGCUGCGCUCUGUCUGGCCCUCGGCACAGCAGCUGCUCUGCCAUUUUCAUGUGCUGCAGGCUGAGUGGAGGUGGUUGACAUCAUCAAAGAGCAAUGUUCUAAAAGAUGACAGGCGCCGCUUCAUGGCAGCUUUCCAAAAGAUCCUGUAUGCCCAGGAUGACCAGGAGCUGCAGGCAGCUAAAGAGGCUCUGCAUGCAUUAGGUCAUGUGCCGUACAGCCAGAGAGUGCAGGCAUUCCUCCAGUGUGAGCAGCAGUGGGUGUUGCUGUACAGGGCAGGCCUGAUGACACGGGGGCACAACACCAAUAAUUAUUCGGAGGCAUCCAUCCGGAUUUUAAAAGAUAUUGUGCUCUGCAGAACCAAGGCAUAUAAUGCAGUAGCCUUGGUGGAGUAUAUAAUGACUAAGUGGGAGGAAUACUUUAAACUUCGCCUACUCCAUCAUGCACAGCACCGAGAGCCCUCUCACCAGAUUCGGUUUCAAAAUCUUCUAGAAAAGAUGCCAGAUGUGCCCUCGGAGUCUAUUGUUUGCCUGGGCAAUGCUAUGUACAGCGUUCCUAGUUCAUCUGGAACUGCAGCAUAUGAAGUUGAUGCUGAAAGCCUUUGGGGGUCCCUUUCCAAAUAG